AUGUUACAGGAGAAGGGUAAAACACUUUUGACUGCGGCGCAGAAGGCGAAGAAGACUGUUGAGCAGAAUGUCACUGAGGCGUUGCAGGCUAUUGUGCAAAUGGACAAAUCUCUCAAGACGGAUUUGAAGAAAGUGAAAGAUGAUAUUAAGAUAGGAAUAGACCAUGUGAUUAAGACGUUGCAAGUUAAGGAAUUGGAUACUUUGGUUAAUGAGCAGCCAGAUCCUAAGAGUAAUAUCGUUGGUGACCAGUUUAAACUGCUGCAAGAGCCAAAGGAAAAGUUUAAUCAGGAUACUAAAAAAAUUACGGAGGAGACUCAGCAACUCGAACAGAAUUUUGGUAAGCAUAUCAAGACUCCGCUCAACAGUAAAGUCCAAGCAGUUACCCAGGCGAUUGGGGAGCUUGGUGAGAGGUUUGAGUUGAGUGGCGGAAAUGAAAAGAAACUUGAUAUGAUUUUCGAGCAUAUUAAAGAUAAGGUUGCGGAGAUUAAGGGGAGUGAAAGAGACCAAAAAGGUCUGGAUGGAAUUGUUGCGAAAGUGAAGGCGCUUGCUAGGGCAUUUGUUAACCCUGGCAGAAAAGGUUUCAAUGCCAGAGUAGGCGGAUGGCUUGAAGCUAUAAUAGGGAAUGGGAAGGGGCCAAGGGAAACUGGAUAUAAGGCUGGGUUAGCAGCCGUGAACUCUUGGCUUCAGCAGUAUAAGGAUGCGGCUAAGAAGGGAGGGCCUGGUGAACAGGCGUUGAGAGAUCAAGUUAAGAAUCAUAUUAUGGCUGCACUUAACAGCCAAAUUGGUGCAGCGCAAGGGAAGAUUGGUGCAGUGAAAGAGGGCAUUAAAGAAAAUCUCACUGCUAUCGUAAGCGCUUGCGAAACGUUUGUCAAGGAGCUUGACAAGAAGAUCGCGAAAACGCAAAUUGAUCACCUUGUUCAGCAGAUAGUUCCGAACAUUAAGAGUUGGGCAUCGCGGCAGAGUCUUCAGAAUUUUAAUCAAGACGACAAUCUCAACACCGCCGUCAAAUACAUUCUGGUCGCGCUCUGCGCUUCUGUGAGGCAGGUAUCCACGGAAAUAAAUUCACUAGGUACCGACAAGUUUGGCAAAAUCCUGGACGCUAUAAAGCCGGUUGUUGAUGGGCUAUAUAGUAAUCUUGAACAGGCGACAAACAAUUUCCCUUCCAAUCAAGAUGGCACAGCAAAGGCCGUGGACAGUAAGUUGCAGGCGGUGAGGGAUGAGGUUACGGGGCUUCCCCGCAAAUUUACUGCUGUCAAACAAGAUCUUCAAAAUGCAGUUGGCCUACUUCCCAACGCCGUUGACACUUUCAACACUGCCGCCGAAGACCAGAUCAAGGAAGCCGCCAAGACGGCGAUUAGCAAGGCGGCUAAAAUAAUUAGUGAGGAUCCAAGUGGUGAAGUAAAACUUGAGAAGAGUGGUCCAAUGUCGACGUUUUACGAAGCCCACAAUAAUAUCAAACAGAAGCUUCCAAAGGACCUUCAAGCCCUGCUUGAUACGCACAUUGGGAAGUAUGAUCAGACAGGUGGUACAGGUGGCGUGGCUGUUCAACCAGAUAAAGUCACGCUUCCACAAUUAUUUACGCUUUACAGAGGACAUGUUGUGCCAGAAAAAGUGCCUGCUGCAGGCGGCUUAAAAGGCAAGCAAGACGAAGGUCUUCUUCCAGCGGCGAUCGGGAACAUCAAGACUAAGGUGUUUGAAGAGCUUGAAAAUACAUUAGGUGACAGCACCCUGGACAAAAAUAAGAUAGAUGACAAAACAUUCACCGUUCCGUUCGGCCAAAUUAAGAAUCAGGUUGAAGCGAUCGCCGGGUUGGUUGAUAAUACAAAGGGCACGCCGCCAACCUACCACGUCGGUGAUAAGCAAAAUGGCAUCAAGCAAUGGUUGGCUGAACUAAAAAAUGCGCUUAGUAAUAAAAAUGGUAACGCCCUUUGGAAUGGCUUUACUAAGGGUCUAGAACAAAUCCAAUCGGUGAUUAACGAUCUGCAAUCAAAUCCGUUUACCAGCGGACCCAAAGAAAUUGGCACAGCCGUCGAAGCAAUCAAGUUGCAGCUUAAAGAGCUUAGAGGGAAGUUGAAGAAAGAGAACGGUGAUCCUAAGGAUGGCGUGAUAAACGUUCUAGAAGAUUUGCAAACUGUUGGUCUCGACGGCAAGAAUGGUAAACAAUGGACACCGAACGGUAAAGGUCAACCUCUCAGUGGCCUUGGGAAAAUCCAGCAGGGACUUCAGGAGCAGAAUAAGCAACUGGGCGAGCAAAACAAGAUUAUUGGAGAUGCUGUAAGAAAAAUUCAGUUGCAACUUAGAUAUCUUGGAUUCAAGUUGGACCAUGACUUCGUCCCCGAUGACAUCAUGGAUCAAUUGCAAAAAUUAAAAAGUGAGAUUGAUAAAGGUGGAAAAGGAGGCUUGCAAGUAAUUUAUAACGUGAUAAGUGGACUGCAAUCCGGUGAGUUUACUCAAAAGCCGCAAAACAUCCAAGCAGCCAACGCAGCAAUCAAAGCGGAACUCAAAGCGCAGAUGAGCGCGCUGGGCAGUGAGGUCAUCAAGGCGCUGACCAAUUUGAUGACCACGGGGCUGAGUAAUGAGGCAAGUUGGCAGGGAACUAAGGGCCUUGAAAAUAUUAAAAAUAACCUUCACACUCAACAAACUACAUUGUCCCAACAGCAUCCGGCAAUCGGCGGUGGCGUCGACCAGAUCACCAAGGAGCUUGACGAUCUGAGGAGUGAGUUGCAGGGUGAGGAAGGCGAAAAUGCAGAAAAAAGAGGCGUGAUAAGGAAUAUGGAUUUCAUGAUAGAGAAGAUUGGAACAAAUGAUGACGAUAAGGAUUGCCUCAAGAAAAUCAAGAAAGAGAUUGAAGAGCUCAACAGGGAUACAGUCCCUGACAUCAACAAAUUCCUUGGUGAACUGUGCGCCAAGAUUGCGAGCGAAGCCGGCAGUGUCGACUGGCAGUUGGGGCUUUUCAAAGAGAAUAACAUCGACAAAGACCUCGCAAAAAUCAAGACACAAAUUGACACCCUCCGCACCGGUGACCUCCAGGCGGCCAUCGCCAUGUGCGACAAGUUCCUCACCAACGCCGAUUACAUAAAAUGGGAGAAAGUAGAAAACAUUGAACGCUUCGUAGACAGUGAGAUUGAAAAUGCAAUCGCGGAGCUCACCAAACAGAUGCGGCGGGACUACGUGGAGUCCGCCAGGGACGCGCUGAAACACUUCGCCGCCAAGGUGGCCGAGGAGCUGGGGGAGCUGCCUGAGGAGAUAAACAGGGAUCUCUUCAUGGGCUACAAGGGCCUCAUGAAGCAGAUGGAGGGUGAGCGCAGCGAAAACAUUAACAGGCUCAGGAACGUGGAAAGCAGAAUGCUCCGAGCAUUGUCCUCCGCGUUCCAGAAUUUCUUCGCGCCGCUCGACGAGUAUCUCCGUAAGGAGAUUGAGAGACUGAAGAAGCAGAGUGACGACGAAAAGAAUCCCUCACUGCCGAAGUCGGAAGAGCCCUACGCCGCCGAGUGGGACGCCGUGCACAGCGAUGUCAACGCCCUGCUCAAUUACCUCUGCGUGACGCAGGGCUUCGACGACAGGCUGCGAGGCCUGCUCCACAACCUCACCGACGCGCUCACACAGCUGAGGCCGCAGGGCUUCCAGAAGCCCUCCACUCCCACGCUGGACUCCGUGAGCAGGGGACUCAGUGCCUUCGCCGGUGAGUUCGGCGGUGCGUACAUCUCCACUUACUCGGGCGCGGAGUGCCGGGAGGCGGACGCCGACAAGUACGCCAAGGUGUUGCUGAGCAUGAUCCCGAUGACGCACGAGGCGCUCAACAACUUGGCAAACAAAUGCGGCGGUGACUGGCGAAGUUAUAAGAUAUGCAAGCUCACCGGCGACGACAGGGACAACGGCCUGGGCAACUACCUCACCAAAUGCGGCUUCAAGGUGUCACCCACCGACGGACUCCAGGAGGGGGAGUUGCAAAACCACGGCGACAUGAACGGUGAGCAAAUUCAUGCUUUGCUUAACUCCCCAGUUGAUGUCAGCGUCAAAAUGCUGAUCGACGGCAAGCCUGCGGAAAACGGAAUUAAUGUUGUCGACUUAGUUGCGCUUUUCUAUAACAUGCUUUGUCGGUACCUCCAGGUCUGCCACCUUAAGGUGCACGAAUCGCCCAGGUACCCCUGCACGGUGAGGGACAUGUUGUCUUGGCUCUCAGGCCUGCAGUACACUCCGGUGGCGGACAAACUGCCUGACCACUGCAGGGCGUUGCUCAACCGCAAGUGCGACGAUAACGAUGCCCCCAACAGGGACGACGCUGUCAUGGCACAGUGCAUCAACGGCCUACCCUACACUAUCGCAGAAGCGUGUUCACACGCCGACUUGCUGCUCAUCGCAAUCCAGGGCCACGGCCGCGGCUUUGACCUCGCCGCCUAUCCCUACUCCGUCGACUUCGCCAACAACACCGCACAGCUGUACUACCCGGCCGACCCCGACGAGCUGCUGGAGAUGAUGAGACGGAUAAUAUGCCGCCUGUGUCGCGUCCUGUAUUUCCUCUACGCCCAGUGCUGCCGUGCCACCGCCACAACCAAGGGCUGGCGGGAGUGCCACUACGGCCGGCAGGUGCCGUCCUCCCACUGGCAAUGUAACCCAUUAAACAAGCAGGCCACCGACGCAAGUCACAACUGCCCGCCCACAUCGCCGCUGCAGUCGUUCCUCACAGACAGCUGUCCCAGCCUCCUGCCGCAUAAGCUCAGUGUAGUUGACAAUGCCAUCGAAUGUGCCGACUGCCCUGCCAACCUACCAGGCCAACAGUGCCUCACCCCGCUCGGCUUCUGGGACCUUGGCGUGGCAGCCUCCAUGAGACGCACCGGCAGGGAACUUUCCAAGUCCCUCGGCCGUCUCUGCAGUGACGCCGACGCGUGCCUCUUCCAACUCUGCCGAACGCUGCGCUUGCUGUGCCCCUCAGCACCGCAGUCACUCGGCGACGUGUUCGCGCUGUUCAGUCAUCUGCUGAGAAUGUGGAACCACGAAUCGUCCCGGCGUGCGUACUCUCACCAUGAGAGUUACCUAACGCAUCUGAACGGUGAGGCCAUCGACAAGCUGUUCCCGCUGUGGCCGCAGCUCCACGGCAGUUACCAGAACAGCAAUCUCACCAACGCCCUGAAUGAACUCGCCGGGCACGACCAUGACAACUCAGGGCACAAUGCCCUCUCAAGCCUCUCCGCCGAGCCGCCUUGUCAAUCACCCAGUGGAUGCGCCCCCUUCCUCCAGCCGCUGGCGCUGCACGCCAACCACACCUUCCCGCAGAAGCACGCACAGCUGUAUGUCUCGUGGAUAGUGUGGCUGGCAUGGCAGCUGUGGGAGCUGCUGGAGUCCCUGCUGGACGCCUUGAACAACAUCGACUGCACGGCCCACGGCUGUGCCACGUGCCUCUGUCAGCCAAGCAACCACAACGACAAGGACUCCUGCCACUGCCCGUCACUUGUCGAAUGUGGCGGACCUCUGCCGACACUCUACCGCUACGGAUUCACAUACCGCAACGCCCACGCCCUGCUCGCCGGCAGCCAGAAGAUACGGUGCAGUGACCUCAACGACCAACUCACCAAGGCACUCCACUCCGACCACUUCACUCAACUGUUCCACCAGAUCGACCACUCCUCUACACCAUCCGUAUGCCUCUUCGCCAUCACAGCACUCUGGCUCAUCGCCACGCUCUACAUCCUCCACUCACUCCUCUACCGCAUGGACGUGCUGCGCAUCCGCUCCCACCUCCUCACCACCAGGGCCUCACACCUCGUCGACGUCAAGGCGCUGCUCGCCGGCAGCAGGAGAAUGCUCUCGCCUACAAGGACGUCGACUACUUCAGCGACGACUUUCACGGACUCACGUACUGCCGUAGCGCCUGCUUUGUACAUUCGCCUCUUUGUGUUCCAUGUCCUCAUCGAUGCUUGUUGA